AUGUCUGCAAGCAGACCACGUCCAGUGGAGACGUCUACUACCAACAACGACAAGGGAUCUACAUCCCUCGCGGCUACAGCUUGGGCAGAACAGCCUUGGCCAGAGAUUGAUCAAAUACCUAGUUCAAGCAAACGGGGUCCUACAAUCGUCGGCUAUUGCAGUAAGCCAGGUCAAUUCUGGCCAGACGGUGAAGAACCUGCAUUCAAAGGCCAAAAUUCUCGCAAGCGCGUAUUCGUCACCAAUGGCAAAUUCGAAACGCGCACAGAAAUCACACGCGACAGCAAGAAAAUACGUCUCCUCAAGGACGCUGAUCGCUCGUUCCAGUCGUUUCACCCGAAAUCGGGCGAUAUCGAACUUUACCACGACUAUUCGGACUACGAUGGUACCGACGAAGAAGACCUGUUCAACAUGGACGAUAAUGAAUAUAUACCUUCCCCCACGACUGUUUCGAUUCCACCGCGCGUUACUGUCAACGUACCGGUUGGAAGCUGGGUCGACAGACACGACCAAUUAGACCCAGAUGACGUCGAUGUCUUAUCGCAGGUCAUGCAUAUUCCAGAUAUAGUCUACAAAUUGCUGUUGCCCCCCUCUAACGAUAUCACUGUAGAAGAAAUCUUAAAGUUCAAAGUACCCGACGUCGAAGUCGAUUGCUUUACCGAGAGUGGGGCAUCUUGCUUUUCCAGAGCGCGUCCGAAAGAGGACCUCGACCUCACAAUCAAAAUACCACCAAAGAUUUGGGUCGGUAGCCUUCGAGAGUCACUCGACUCCACAAUUCGGAGUGGAAUGCACUCGAUCCUCCAUCCUCGAUGCAAAGACUACCCGUUACCUCUUUGGAUGUUGACUCUUUGGGAGAAAAUGCACACAGUACGCGAGGCCAAAACGACGUGGGCGGAUGCGCAUAGAUGGUUAAUAGAUAUGAACAGAAGGUACGGUUUAUUCACCCAGCCUUCACCCACUAUGUGUUUUGACCUCACCUGUCGACUGCUGUUUCGUCUACCGUACUACAAGAACCUUGCCAACUCGGCUCUAGGCGGAAAUAGAAGAACACUCCAUCUCGCUAGCUUGUUGUCGGACGACGCUUGGUUAUCCAACACGCUCGUGGACCUGAUGAUAAAGAAAACCGUCGAUCAACUGGGUCCAGCACAUACUGAUAUUGUCAUCAUGGACACCGAGCUUGUCGAAGCCAUCUAUAACGCAAAACCGGACUUCAAAUCUUUACCUAACACCUUCAAGAGCUUAGAAGAAACACUCUCUAAAGGCAAGGUUCUCUUUUUCCCGGCGUGCAUCCCGGAAGCGAACCACUAUGUUGCGUUUCGCAUUGACUUUGGACAGAAAACAUUGUGUUACGGCGACUCCCUAAAUCUGCGAAACGCAACCGGAAACUUCAUUGCUAAACUACAGCGAUGGCUUUCCCUGCAGUUUAAUGGCCCGUUCGCAAAUCAAGGAAAUACGUUGAAUCACGCGACUCAAAAGGACUCAUCCUCCUGCGGCAUGUUUACGUUGAACACCAUUGUUCACAACAUAUUUGGUGAUCCCCUCGGUAUACCUCGUCCUGCAAAUAUACGAGCAGACUGGUUCCAGAAGAUAGCUCGAGACCAGAUUGACAUGGUAGCACAACCCAACCCUAUCAAUGCUCAACCCUUAACGGAGGAACAGCAACGUUCAAAGAGGGCUGAUAUGAUAAAACGAUACAAGGAGAAGGCAAACGCACGAGCAGCAGAAACUGCGCGGGUUAGGAAACAAAAGGAAACUGAACAGCAGCAGGAGUCGCAGCAGGAGGCCCAACGGCAGAAGGAGAUCGAGCAGCUAGAGGCUCAGCGGCAACAGGAGGCUCAGCGGCAGAAGGAGGCUCAGCAACAGGAGACCCAGCGGCAGAAGGAGGCCCAGCAGCAGGAGGCCCAACGGCAGAAGGAGAUCGAGCAGCUAGAGGCUCAGCGGCAACAGGAGGCUCAGUGGCAGAAGGAGGCUCAGCAACAGGAGACCCAGUGGCAGAAGGAGGCCCAGCAGCAGGAGGCCCAACGGCAGAAGGAGAUUGAGCAGCUAGAGGCUCAGCGGCAACAGGAGGCUCAGUGGCAACAGGAGGCUCAGUGGCAGAAGGAGGCUCAGCAACAGGAGACCCAGUGGCAGAAGGAAGCCCAGCAGCAGGAGGCCCAACGGCAGAAGGAGAUCGAGCAGCUAGAGGCUCAGCGGCAACAGGAGGCUCAGCAGCAGAAGGAGGCUCAGCAACAGGAGACCCAGCGGCAGAAGGAGGCCCAGCAGCUAGAGGCUCAGCGGCAGAAGGAGGCCCAGCAACAGGAGACCCAGUGGCAGAAGGAGAUCGAACUGCAGAAGGAGGCCCUGUGA